UAGGAAUCGGAUGCUCAGCGCUCAAUUAGCAAUAUUUGGGCCCUACAACACACCAUCAAGUAUCUGCAGUUACUUAUAUCAUAAACAAGUUGCACGUGGGCACAGCUUGAUCAACGCAACAAACAUUAUAUCUUAGCGCGAUCUAUGUGACCAUCAUGGUAAGGGAGACUAGUCGCAGUUCGGGAGCGCUCACAAGUCACAGUGAACACUCUCGGCGUCAACGCUCGUAAGCACGUGUUAAUUAAAGUUCAACAUCAUGUUCGUAGCUGCCUAACCGAUUUGCUGUGUACCACCACUCUGCUCUGUCGGCUCACCUCAGACCCUUCCCAACUUCGCUAGCUUUACUUGGGAUCUAAUAUAGAUAUAGCCUCUUCAUGUCACAAGCAUCAGGCACCGACGCCGCCGAGGAUCAGCUCACUCACAACGCUGAGCAACCUCCCCCGCAAAUUGACGCCGUAGGACCCAUCGAAGAGGAGAAGUUAAAUAUUGAACCUUUGGCGGAGCUGCCACCAGGGAUCUCGAAUGUUGGGCCUUCACAGCCGUCAGGACCUCACAUACAAGGAAGCGCACCUAAUGUUCCACCAGUUGGCGACUCAGCUCCCGAGGGGGGAAAGGUCGUGUCCGAGAAGGACCAGCCAACUCUAAGCGAAUUAGCAAAUGUCAUGAAGCAAGUAUUGGACAUUCCUCAAGACUCCACGAUUGCGUUGAAGAUUGGAAAGGACAAACGGUCUCGUUUCUGGGGGGUGUACAAACGAGUCGCAGAGGAACAUGAUGGCGAGUCCCUUGAGCGAUACACCACUGACAUGGACAUUGUCUUGAUCUUUUCUGGUCUUUUAUCGGCUGUCAGCACGGGUUUCAUCGUCGCGAUGGAGUCUAAUCUCAAUUCCGACCCCAGUGACACGACGAAUGUCCUUUUGAAGCAACUCGUGCAGAUCGGACUCGGCAACCUCGCUAAGGUGGGUACCGCUCCCGCAGACCCAGCAUCUACGUGGUCGCCAUCUGCGUCGGCUGUGAGGAUCCAAUUGGUCGCAUACGCAAGCUUGUUGAUGAGCUUACUCGCUGCAUUUGGGGCCGUACUGGGCAAGCAGUGGCUCGGGUACUACAAGUCUAACAGAUAUGGCCGCGGCUCGGAGGAGGAACGAGGGAAGCGCAGGCAAGAGAAGUUCGACGGCAUCGUCACAUGGUAUUUUGAUGCUGUCGUGCAAUCUUUUCCUGUCAUACUUCAGAUCUCACUUCUUCUCUUUGGAAUCGCUCUCGGCGCCGAUAUGUGGUACGACCAGCUGAGCAUUGCCUGGGUCAUCAUCGCAACGACGGUCUUCGGAUUUCUGUUCGAUUCCCUGACGGUGAUGCCAUGUUUGAUAUCUCCUGCUUGUCCAUUUCAGACACCAACAUUGACGAUGUUACGCAUGUUGCGCAUCAACAGGGUUCUACGCCUGAUGUUUAAACGAGCCUCCAGUUAUUCACAGCAGCUCACGAAGUCGCUGCACGGCGUGCUGAAACGAUUGCUUGGCAUUGUCACUGCAGUAUUUAGAGGCCCAGUACAUGCGAUUGGCGCAUUCGCAGAGUGAUCUCUUCAGCAGUUAAUCACUAGUCUUCAUCAUUGGCUGCAUUUUGUCCUGCGCUUUUCCACAAAGGUCGUGGACUCGGAAGCACAAUUGCUUGAACCGAAUUUAGAUGUUUCGUCGGGCAAUGACCACAUCCUCGCCCUCCCUAACAUGCCUACCAGCAAGCUGGAAGCACCUAGUGUCAAGUGGCUGCUCGAGACCUCUACGGAUCCCGAGGUAUUUCUUGCCGCUGCCAGCCUUGUUCCGCAGGUCGAAUGGCCCCUAGAUCUUGACGUCUCAGAUAUGCUGCAU